UUGAUUGACUUCCCUUCUCCAUUCCAUCCUCCUUUCAUCUCUUCUCUUGCCUCCACCCCUCCUCAUUCGUCCUCCCCACCUUCUCCUCUCUCCGUCCUCCAGGUGAUUUUGUGGGGUACAGGGGAGCGCACCCAGGGGGUGAGUGGAGUCAACCCUGUGUCGUCCCGCUCCCAUGCUCUGCUCCAGAUACAGCUCAGAGACUCUGGCCAUCGGGCCACUGGCAGGAUGUCAUUUGUGGAUCUAGCUGGGAGUGAGAGAGCAGCAGACUCCAGAGACCCAGACAGACUGAGCCGCAUGGAGGGGGCAGAGAUCAACCAGAGUCUACUGGCACUGAAAGAAUGUAUCCGUUCUCUGGACCAAGAGCAGUCACACACACCAUUCAGACAGAGCAAGCUCACGCAGGUUUUGAAGGACUCCUUUGUUGGUGAUUCAAAGACAUGUAUGAUUGCAAACAUUUCCCCCAGUCACCUAGCAACCGAACACACACUCAAUACGCUGAGAUACACUGACCGGGUGAAGGAGCUGAGGGGGGGAGUGGGUAGAAGACGGCCCACAGUCUCCCAGUCCCCAUCCCUGAAACCCGAUCAGACUAGCAGCAGCAGUGGUAGUAGCGCCAGCAGGGGGAAAAGUCCCCCAAAAAGAGUGAAGUUGGGGGGUCACAGAGAGGCCCGAGACGUGACUGGCACCCCUGCCAGGAGGUUAGCCCCAGGGGAAGCCCUGCUCUGCUCCACACCAAAGGGCCGGGGGGCGGGGGAGGGCUUUGGAAGGGGGAGAGAAGACCUCUGUUUGGAGCACACCACACCUGUGAGGGGCUCACUGGGCCAGGGGCUUUGGCGGCGCAGGAGGAGUGAGGGAGUGGGAGAGAGGGAUAGGAGGCGGGAUAGAGAGAGGGAGGUGGAAAAGAAAGGGCAAAGAAAGAAACGUGAGAAGACAGAUGAUUCCAACACGGAACAGGACCAUGGGGCGGCUCUGGUGACGAGACAGCGAAUGGGAGAGUUGAGGACACCCCUUUGGGAAACACCCAGAGAAAGAGGAGCCACUACAAGUAAGAUGGCCAUAGGUCAAAGGGCAGCUGCUGCUUCCUGCGUCAGAGGAGCAGAGAGGCAGAGGACUACUACGAGUAAAGGAGAGGGAGAGGGCAGAAGAUGGAUAGAGCAGGACCGAAUUGUGGGGGAGUGGGAAAGAGAGAAGACGGCUGAGGGACAGAGAGAGUUAGGAGAGGACAGGGAGAGAGAUAGGAGGACUAGUACAGAACGGCAAAGGGAGAGAGAAACUGAGACGCCAAAGGAGCGGGAGAGCGAGAAGGAAAGAGAGAGGCAUUUGAGAAGAUACCACCAGCAGCUGCAGCAGAUGCAGUGGCUCCAGCAGCCUCUGUCUGGCUCGCCGUCUGUCUGCCGUGGUCUGGAGGAGCUGCUGGCUGGGUACAGGGCCACUGCUGUGGCCGGGGCAGACCACCUCCCACUCCGGGGGGAAGGGCCUGCAGGGGUCACAGUGGAGGCAAAGGGGCAGGGACAGAGUCACUUCUCUAACAACAUGUCUCAGAGCCACUGCCACAAUGAUGAUGAUGAUAAUGAAGUUGAUGAUGAUGAUAAUGAAGGAGAUAAUGAUGGUAGUGGAGAGCACAUCCUCGAGUGUCUCGUCCCCGGGGCUGGAUCAGUGCUGUCUACCAUCAGCAGGGUGGACGACAGAGGGACAGGAGGAGGAGGAGUGGAGAGAGGGAGUGGGGACGAAUGGGGGUCACCCGAGGAGGAGGAGGGGAGAGGGAGAUGGGCAUGGCCAGAGUGUAGAGUGGUAGAGUCAGAAGAGGGCGGCAGGUGGACAGGGGCUGUGUUGGGUCUUGGGGAGGAGGAACGGGUACCAUCUAGCCUCCGCAAGGCAGCUGAGAGGAGGGGGUGGGCAGGGGAACACGAGGAGAGAGGAGAAGAAGAUAUCCUGCUGGAGUCUGAAUGGAGCACAGAGGAGGAAGGAGAGGUUGACGUUAAUGCCUUUACCCUCGGCUCCGCAGACAGCAACAGUGACAACGACAGCCUUCACCGACACCACCACCGCAGCCGCCACGCUCUGGCCGAGAGGCCCCUCUCUCCACCCCCACCCCCGGCCAAGCUCAACGACCUGUCCCUGGAGUCCAAGCACAUCAACCAGAGCUCCAGUGGCCUGUGCCUACACUUCCAAAAUGUCCCCCCUUGCCCCUGCCUGAAGGGAGUACCACUGAGCCCCAGAGAGAGAACAGUGCUACCAGGUGCUGAGCUGUUACGUCAGAUAGACCCUGCCACCCCCCUUCUGUCCUUUGUGCAGACGGGGAGGGGAGCAGCAGUUGGCACCACAAGGCUUCCCCCUGAGAGACAAAGUAAUUCUGGAGUUGUAGCUCAAAUGCCCCCUUCUUCACCACCACACCGUGAAUCCUCGGGCGAUUCAUCCAGCUGCACCAUGGAUCCCCUCUCACUUUCCUUGCUUCAAGUAGACAGGCUGGCAGCAACAGACUCCUUCCUCUGCCAGCAGGUACCACACAGCAUUUACUCCCGCUCCCUCUUGUCUAGGGAAAGUGGAAUGGGAAAAGGGGUGGUGGAGGGUGGCCAGUCUCUAGUACCCACUCUAGGGAUAGAUGGGAAGAGUGGAGAAGACGAAAGGGAAGGUGUUGGACUCUCUCUUCUUGUAAAGCAGUUUCUGCGAGUGCAGACUGGUUGUGUCCUUCCUAAGACAGUGACACCUGAAGGCCACAUGGAUCAGAGGAGAUCCAAGAUGGACGCUGCUCCUCUCUGGAGAAUGGCUAUGACCAAACCAUCUGCCCCUGUGGUCUCCCUGGUGUCUGUCCAAGACCAAGGAGGAAUCUUGAAAACCACAGCCCAGUUAGGGAGUGAGGUCCUAGGCUCCAGAGACUCUGCCUGUCCCCCUGGCCCUUCUCCACACCUCCACUCACCACACAACCUCACUGUAUCCAAUACACACACAACCAAGUGUUCCCAAGGCCCAGUCCAGCACAACACACACACAUCGCACCCUCUGCCUACCACCCAUAUACCACAACAUACACAUAAGCCUCCCAUCACUACUAAACACACUUUUCAGGAUACACCUAACUCCUCCAUGCCUAGUGUGCAAAUUAUCCAACAAAUGAACAACUCCGUCCAACUUAACAUUUUGCAGGACCAAUCUCAGUCGCCCAGUUCAAACAGUCCUCCUAAUCUCCACAUUCCAUGCCGUCUCAGCGGUUCAAGCAGUUCAUACAGUCCAGACAGUCUGUUAAAGCACUUUGGACCCCCAGCCAUCCUCUCCCUCUCUACUCAGGAAGCCCUGGAGCAUGCCCAGUGGUGUAUUGUCCAGGCCCAUUGGGAGCAGUUGGAGGAGAUGGAGUCUCUGUGUCGUAGAGAGGGGACACUGCUGUGCCAACAGCCUGACAUGGACUUCAGGGAGUACGUUCAGAAACUGGAGGAGAUCAUGGAGCAAAAGGCUGUGUGCGUUCAGAGCAUGAGAGCUCAGCUACAGCCCUACCUUACCCACCCUAUAGCCCUACAGCAACACCCCGGACCUGGAGGAAACAACCAGGGGCUCAAUUAUUAGUGCACAAACAAGCUUUUUGUAUUGGACAAGUUCAGGUAGUCUGUCCCUGUUUGUCCCUGGUGCCUUCCAUUCAUUCUGUUUUUCGGUAUGUUGCAUUGAAAGUGGCUAAUGUUGUGUUGAUUCGAUCACAAUUGCCACAGUAAAGGGGAAUGUUGAUAGUGUUAACUAACAGGGAAAACUCUAGAAAGUUGAGUGAAGUUCAAUCUCGUGCUUCUCUCCGUGGGCUGAUAGUUCUUCUGCCCAGCAGUCCUGGGGGAGAUGAGUGGCAGUCUUGGGGCUACUGCGUGCCCGCGCACGCGCGCAGCUUAGAGGGAACAUUGCUCACCACCCCCUGUAGCGCCUUGCGGUUGGGUGCCUUGCAUUUGGCGUACCAAGAGGUGAUGCAGCUAGUCAAGAUGCUCUCAAUGGGCCAGCUUUAGAACUUUUUGAGGAUCUAUUGUCCUGGCACCACACGACAUGUCUCUGACCUCCUCCCUAAAGGCUGUCUCAUUGUCGACGGUGAUCAGUACCACCGUCUUGUCGUCAGCAAACUUGAUGAUGGUGUUGGAAUCGUGUGCGGCCAUGCAGUCGUGGGUGAACAGGG